AUGGAUUUUUCUGCCAGACAAACAAAUGCAGCAGAGUUUCGGUUGAAGGUUAAAAAUGGGGAAAUUACAGUACAGAAAGGAGAUGGGAAAAAGUCAACAUUGUCCACAGAAAGCAAGGAAUAUAAGAAUCAAAGAGAAGAGAAAGAAGCAUUAAAAGAAAACCACAAGAGAAAAGAGAUGGAAGAGAAGAGCAGGAGGGCAAAGCUUGCAAAAGAGAAAGCUGAACAAGAGAAGCUGGAACGUCAGAAGAAGAAGAAGCAGCUCAUUGAUAUAAACAAAGAGGGUGAUGAGACUGGAGUGAUGGAUAAUCUUCUGGAAGCCCUACAGUCAGGUGCAGCAUUCAGAGACCGCAGAAAGCGAAUUCCAAGGCAUCCAGAUAACAGACGGCCCACUCUGGAAAGAUCACGCUCUCGACACAAUGGAGCCAUGCCAUCCAAGUGAUUCCUGAGACCAGGGAGAAUGGAGACAUUUAAGAAAACAAAAUCAUCCAUUUUGAGAGGAACAAAUAUACACUUAAUAGUUGUAGUGGAAAUAAAUGCAUUUCCACAAAGGUCAAACUGAUCUGGGUGAAGGGAUGUGUUUUUAUUGGAGUACUGCAAGGACACUCAUCUGAACUUAGAUGUCAUUAUUAGAAAACAUUUGUUCCUCUCUAAAGAUACAUAUAACUUGUCAUUGUGUAUAAGGACCUAACUGUGAAGAUCAAAGUAUAAAAACAUGGAAGAAUCCUAAGGCUUCUACCAACAUUCCAGUCUGUCAAAUAAUUUAAAACUGAAAUUCUAGGUCAGACCUACCCACCCCAUCCCCCAAAAUAGACAAAGGGCCAGGGAAAUAUAGGAAGAAUUUCCAGUGUCUACUUUCAGCUCAUCUUAUGUAUAUCUUGUAAAGUCUAGGAGAAAAGGUGCAUUAAUGAUUGGGAAGGGGCAAAUAGUACACUCUGAAAGAGAGGCCCAACUCACGGUAUUUAGACCCCAUCUCAAGUGAAAGCUAAUGGAUUCAUCUAUGUGGCAGAAAUUAAUCUUCCCAUUACUCUAAUGUUUGAGGGCAGUGUCGCAGGCACUUAUCAUUGGUAAAACUAAACCAAAGUUUAGCAGAAUCCUCUAGAUUUCAACUUUAUUUAAGAUGUAUUUUUUAAUUCUCCAUAGGUAUCUGCCUUAUAGAAAAUCUUUAUACAGCUAUUUUUGAGAAAACUUCUAUACUUUCAUGUAUGUGCUAGGGAUGAGCCUGAAAUUCUAUUGCCUUUAUUUAGAUUUUAGAGGAAAAUAUUGAUUCCCUAGUUCUUCCCUCUAUUACUUUUUCUCCUUUCACCCCAGAACAGAACUGCAGAAGAGUACAGAGAGAAGAAAGUGACUUUUUAAUGCAGGAGGAAACGUUGGAAAGGUCAAUUGGUUGGUCUCUAGUUCUAUCCCUUUUCCCACUCCACUUUGGUAGUUGAAGAAAAAGUAAUUCUCUCUCCCCACUUCCUAUUCCUCCUGUCUUCUCCCUCCCUCCCUAUUUACCUACCAAGCUACCUCCUUCACUCACUUCUUCUCCUCCUCCCCUUCCUAUC